GGGGAUGCGUGACGAUGAGGGGAGAGGGCCCAUUCUUAUAAAACUCAGGGACGUUCAGUGGCUGUUUACAGUGACAAUUCACAGUGCGGACGUUCGUCAUCAUGGUUUUGCUGAGGAGUUUAGCAGUUCUCGUGGGAGUUCUGGCGGUGGCCAGUGGGCACACUUAUCACAUGGGGUCGUGCCCCACGGUGGAGCCCCAACCGGGAUUCCAAAUGGGCCGGUUUCUAGGCAAUUGGUACGUCAUCCAGAAGACAUCAACAGCCAGUAAAUGCAUCAGCUACAACUACACCCGCGGGGACGAGCCCGGGGAGUAUAUAAUCACCCAAGACUCCAAUCAUCCAGUCCUAGGCCUCACACCACUGAAACAUGAGUACCAUUACACUGGGGAGCUCACGGUGCCCGAGCCGAGUACCCCCGGACGCAUGCAAGUUCGUUUUCCGUUGAGUGUUGCUGGCACCGCGUCGCACGUAGUCUUUGCAACCGACUACGACACCUACGCGGGUAUCUUCACCUGCCAGUCCCUGGCGUUCGCCCACCGCCAGAGCGCAACAAUCCUCUCUCGCACGAAGGAGCUCGACAAAUCGAAGAUCGAUGAAGUGAGAGCUAAACUGAGUAGAUUCGGAGUUGAUCCCUUCGAGCUCAGCAUCGUCCCCCAGACAGGCUGCGACACCGGAAAGGAUCCUGUGGACAUCGACAUCAACCCUGGCACCUUCAGUGCCGAGAACAUUGGGAACUUAUUCAAGAAGGCUGGGGAGAAGAUUGGAGACGGUGUGGAGUGGGUAGCCAACGCUGGGAGCAAAGUUUAUCACAAGAUAACGGGGACUGAGGAGAAGGAGAAGAAGCCUGCCAGCACGACACCCCCCAGUCACGGCAGGAUCGAGACUAAUGAUGUGGAGUGGAUCCCGUGAACAAUUCUGGAUUAGUAAUUUUUUUAUGAACUCAUUCCCAUUGUGACUGAUAUUUAGCUGGAGAAGAAGCGGAAAUUUUGGGGGUUUCGUCAUUAGACUUUUGUAUUAUUUCGUGAUGUUUUUUAUCGAUUCGCUUGUGAAGAUAGAAGACUUUUUGGGGAGUCUUAUCUGCGGAGAUUAGAGGAGGAUGAGUUUUUUGGAUCUGGAAGAAUAUUGAGUGGCUGCCGAUGGAAUGUAACUGAGAUUAUUAAUAAAUAUUCGUACGAUUGA